UUGUUCUCUUGGAAUAAAACUGCUGUUGACUGAGUUUGAUUCUAUAAAAACUAUGGCAACAAAAGAAGUCAAUGGACAAUUUAAUGGUUGUGAUUCUGGAACAGAUUCAUCAACAUUUGAUAUCACAAGUACAGAUUCUGAUCCAUCUACAGUCACCAGUGUGACAUCACAGAGUGAUAGCCAAUCACAGCUUGAGGAUACAAUUUGUCAAGUGAAUGGACAUUCCAAAAUGAAAGAAAUGGACCAAGACUCGCUUUCAUUUGAUUUAUCAAAGAGUGAUUCUCAAGAUUUUGACUUAAGUAUUUCAAGUUUAGAUAAAGAAAAUAUUAAAGAUGAGACUUUAACAAGCACAAAAGUUAAAAAAAGUAUUCCUAAUUGUGACAAACCAGAUUGGUAUUUGCAGCCGUGUUUCAAUAAUUACUGGAAACAUUACUAUCACUGUAUGGCAUGGUUUAAUAGACACAACAGUGUCACAAAAAGAAUGGCUCAACCACAACAAAGCAUGGGAGGCUAUCCGCUUGGUGGUCAUUUCUCUAUGGCUAGCAUGCCAUGGGCAGGGACUGGACUCUCCUACAAAUGGCCAAAUUCUGGCUUCCCUCCUCGAGAAAAUCCAUAUCACAUGGGAGGCAGACAAAGAGGUAAAAAUAGACCAAGAAGAAACGGGCGAGGGCGAAGGGGUGCUUAUCACCAAGGGAACAGCAAUGGACAAAUUUCAACAGGGGACAAAGAUUCGACGAGUCAGGAAACACAACAUGGGUCAGACAGUGAAAGUGAAGUCUUUGAAAUGGAAAUUACAGAUGACAUGGUUGAAUUCUUUGCUAAAUCUGAGCAACACAAAAAGGAAAGAGAUGCCCAGAAGACAGAGAAACUACAAGAAGACAGUAGACUUGAUUUGGAAGGAGCCAAACUGACAAAGAAAGCCCCAACAACUGCUGCACCACAUGAGCGACCAGGUGCUAGAAGGACACAGGAAAUGAUUCUUUUGUAUGGGAAAGGUGCAGCGAUGGUGCACGGCAUGGAAACAGCAAUGCAGAUGUCUUAUGAUCGCAAUAUGGAUAUACUACAGCCAAAGUACUGGCCUAAUAUGCCUCUCAAGAUCAAUUUUAGCUGACAAAAUAGUCAAUUAACAUUUUGUAUUAAUUCAAGUGUCAAUGAGUAUACCAGUAAACAUGGGGAAAUGGAGUUGGUAUAUGUUGAGUACAUGAAGAUAUUUGUAUUUGGAUGUAAAAUACUUCUAAUGAUGUAUCAGGUAAUAAGUUGUUUCUACAUUCUUUAGUUUUGUUCUAAACUUUCAUGAAUAAUAUACAGCUUUAUAUGGAUACAAGGUGUUUGCUGCAAAAACAGUGCAAGAAAAUAAGAAUGUUACAAAUCUUCCAGUCUUAUGUACAUCAAACUUCUUACAUGUUGAUCUGUCCUUACUCAUGUCAAUAGGGAUAACUUUUUGUAUUUCUCGGGAUGUUAUACCUGGUAAUUAUUUAAUUCCUGACAAGGAAAUACAGUAUAGUGCCUUUAAUAUUAAAACUUCUUUCACUAUUUAUGAACUUUUUAAAUCUUGUGAAACUUUCUGUAGAAUCAUUGUGCAGAGCUGUUGGAAACGUAUCAUCACAUUACAUCCAUGCUCUUAUACUUUAUAUUAGAAAGAAACCUGUCUACAUGGAAGGAGUUGUAGUUAAAACUAAGGAGUUAGCGUUAAUA